AAUCCGUGGCUGAUAUGUAAAAUUUAAUUAAAUUAUAUAUAAAAAAGGUUUUUUUUUAGGUUAGGGGUUCAAAGUUCCCUUAAAAUUGGGAUUGUUUUUUUAUUUUUUUUCUUAGCAAUUAAACAUGGUGUGGGGUUGUGUAAUUUUCACACAUUCCUAUCCUUAACAUAUAUUAGCGGGUAUAGAAAGUGGGGUCAUAGAAAUCUGAUCUAUACCAGUAACACACUCAUUCCUCAAAGGGCUUGUUUACAGGUGGUUACAAUGAAUCCACAGAGUGCCAAAUUGCAACCUUUGAAAAUUAUGUCUUUUCUGCAUUUUUACAUAUUUAUAAAAGCUUCCAAUGUAUCAACAGAAUGCCAAACUGUAACCUUUGAAAAUCUUGUCUCCUCUGCAUAUAUGUGACAGUUGUAUAGCUUGGUCUUGUGGGACUCCUAAAAAUAUGAGCAGGGGCUGUCUCUAACUCUUUUACUGGCUUUUGGGACCCUAUUCCUCAAACUGGGUUGCCUUGCCCAGCCUUGAUACAAAGGGAGGUUUAUAGUCUUAAUGCAACUUGAUAGAGCAUGGUUUUUUUUUUUAAUCCAUGGGAGGCCUGCCCUUUUCUGAAUAGAAAUGGAGAAGUGGAUUACAGAGCAAAGGGAGGGACUGGGCAUAGACAAGGGAUUGGAAACUAUCUGGGGUGUAAAAAAAUAAUAAUUGAUUAGUUGUUUUUUAAAGAAAAGGAAACGGUGUGUCUUUAACAGCCACUUACAAAAAGUAUGUUCUAAGAAAUAUUAUGUUAUGUCCUUGAACAUGUACUUUCUGGUUACUUUUAGCAACUAUUCAAACUCUCCUUGAGUUUCCUUCCCUCUCUACCACCCUCUAAAAAGUAGUCACAUGUGAUCACUAGCUAUUAUCAGUCACUUCAGUAGGACUCUGAGAGAACUGGUCAUUUAGAGGUUCUGGAUAAUGAUUGCCUUUAAUGAGUUGCUGCAGCUCCUGGACUCCUCUGGGACACAGAGCCUCUUAUGUAGGGGUAUGUAGCAGGGGACGUGUGUGAAAUGUGGUGUAGACACUGGAGAGGACUGAAGACCUGGUGACUUCCUGUGCCCAUAGUGAGUAAGAAGAGCAGGAUCUUUUAUCACGAUUUAGGAGUCACCCUUGGCCAUCCAGGUGAAGAAUCUCACUUUUUCAUACCUCAGCCUGCAUUACAGCCAAGAAAUAUUCAGGAAACAUAGGUAACAUCCAGGCAUUGGAGUAAACAGAUGACUAGAAGGAACCAAACUGUUGUCUCCCAGUUCCUCCUCCUGGGCCUGCCUAUCCUCCCAGAGCACCAGAACCUGUUCUAUGCCCUGUUUCUGGCCAUGUACCUCACCACUGUCCUGGGGAACCUCAUCAUCAUCAUCCUCAUUCUACUGGACUCCCAUCUCCACACACCCAUGUACUUGUUUCUUAGCAACCUGUCCUUCGCUGACCUCUGCUUCUCCUCUGUCACAAUGCCCAAAUUGCUACAGAACAUGCAGAGCCAAGUUCCCUCCAUCCCCUAUGCAGGCUGCCUGGCACAAAUAUACUUCUUUCUGUUUUUUGGAGACCUUGGGAACUUCCUCCUUGUGGCCAUGGCCUAUGACCGCUAUGUGGCCAUCUGCUUCCCCCUUCAUUACACCAGCAUCAUGAGUCCUAAGCUCUGUGUGAGUCUGGUGUUGCUCUCCUGGGUGCUGACCACAUUCCAUGCCAUGCUGCACACCCUGCUCAUGGCCAGAGUUUCUUUCUGUGAGGACAACGUGAUUCCCCACUUUUUCUGUGAUAUGUCUACUCUGCUGAAACUGGCUUGUUCUAACACUCAUGACAAUGAAUUGGCAAUAUUUAUCUUGGGAGGCUCUUUAGUUGUGCUCCCUUUCCUUCUCAUUAUUGUUUCCUAUGCAAAAGUUGUCUCCUUCAUCUUCAAGGUCCCUUCUUCUCAAGGUAUCCGUAAAGCCUUUUCUACCUGUGGCUCCCACCUGACGGUAGUGUCACUAUUCUAUGGGCCAGUCAUUGGUCUCUACUUAUGCCCUUCUGCUAAUAACUCUACUGUGAAGGAGAUUGUUAUAUCUUUGAUGUACACAGUGGUGACUCCCAUGCUGAACCCCUUCAUCUACAGCCUGAGGAACAGAGAUGUGAAGGGAGCAGUAGAAAGAGUAGUUUGUAAAAAGCAAAUUUUUUCAUUCCUGUGAUGGUAACUCUUCAGAUUUUUAUAUAAUUUCUCUAGAAAAUAUUAAUAUUAACAUUGGAUGUUGCUACAGAAUUUUAUCUCACUGUGGAUCCUUCUGUUUAGAGAUCUCACAACAUAACUUUCACUACACAGAUUGCAGGGAGUUUAUAAAAGUUGUUGAAUGUGGGAAAUAAGUUUAGGAGAUCUAAAUAUGCACUCGCUGUCUUGCCCAUGUGCCCUGGAAAUUUCAGUGUAGACAGAAAGUCAUAUCUGAUUCCCAUGGUUAUACCAGGAUUUUCUCAUUUUGUCCAAAUGUCUGCUGUGAGUGUGUUUUUAUAAAAUGUAUACUCUAUUAUCUCAGAUCAAUACCUAAUAAUAUUCAAGUAUUUUACCACAACCAGCCCUUUUCCAGUCUUUCACAAGUUCUUUCUACACCCUGUCAUUAGAUAAUUACACAACUUAAUUCCAUAGACCCUAUCUUUAUUUCAUUGUCUAUAUUUGUUUUCUAACUUGUUUUGACUCUUAAAAGGAUUUGGAAGUCUUUAGUAUAUUGCUCUAUUUAUUGUACUUUUUUUUCUAUAUCUGGUAUUAAUCAGUAGCCAGGGACACCUUAAUGUAUUUUCUCAAAAUCAGAUAAAAAUAUUUGGUUACACUUUGUUGCUUUGUUUUGUUUACUUUUAUCUUCCUUUGGGGGCAUGAUUUUAUUUUGUUUUCUUGGUUUUGGAGGGAUUUGUUGUUGUAUUGGUUUGUUUUUUAAAAAGAUCAUAAAAUUGGGUGAGAAGGGAGGGGAAGA